GCGGAACAUAACUUCCCCUCUUGUCGCAGUAUUACGGUAACACGUCAUCAGACGUGCGGCCCUAUUGUCACCGUACCUGUGAGUGACGUCACCCCGGACCGGACAUCGCCGCGGCGGCAGCAGCUUCACCACAACAGACGACCGGACUGAGCUGAAGCCGUCAGUUCACGGGGAGUUCAUCAGUUCUCACUGGGACAGCGUCAAUGUUUCUGAACAGAACUCCUCCACGCGACUUCACUGGCCGUGUCCUCGAUGCCUCGAUGGAGAGCGUUCCUCGGUCAGUACCUGCGAUGGUCCAGCACCGUCACUCAGGCCCUCGUCCUGUCCGUCGUCACGUUCUGCAUCGUCCUCCCUCUGUGCUGCCAUCAGCUGCUUUACUCCUACUUCUUCAUCAAGUCCAUGUACCUGGACUCCAUGAGCGAGGACGUCCUGCGGGACAGUCUCAGCCGAGGUCAGGACGCCCUGCACUUCUGGCAGAGCGCUUCCGCCUCUGCGCCCACGUCCUCCAGACUCCGUGACAUCGCCCAGCGUCCCGAGCUGCUGGUCACCGUGGUGACGGUCCGGCGGAACGAGGGACGUGACUUCCACUACCUGCUCCAGGUGAUGCGGCAGCUGAGCGGCAUCGUGGGAGGCUGUGGGGAGCGGCGGUGUGCAGAGGUGCUCAUCUGCGACGUGGAAACUGGUCCCCAGGAAAACCAGGACGCCAAGCUGCUCGAGCCUCACUUCAGGGUGAUCCGGCGCUCGCCGCAGGAGCGGCAGAAGACCUGGGAACGGACCAACACCUUCGAGAGGGAGAAGAGGGAUUACGUCUUCUGUCUCCGCAAAGGAUGGGAGCUGGCGAAGCCGCAGAACAUGGUCGUCCUCGAGGACGAUGCUUUGCCGAGACCAGAUUUCUUCAGAGUUGUGAAGGACCUUGUGUCGCGACGCUUCGCCCUUCACACUCUCUACGUCAAGCUGUAUCACCCUGAGAGGCUGCAGCGCUACUGGAACCCGGAGCCGUACCGCAUCCUGGAGUGGGUGGGGCUGGGGCUGGUCGGAGCUACAGCCCUCCUCCUCACCUCUCCUUACUGGAACCCCCUCUCCUUCUCCUUCACGCUGUCCGUCGGCCACCUCCUCUUCUUCACCCUUUACUUCAUGGCCGCUGCCGAGCUGCUGGGGCGCCACUACCUCCUGGAGAUGCGGCGACUUUCCCCGCAGCUCUACGCCGUCUCUCCGGCCACCGAGUGCUGCACCCCGGCGAUGCUGUACCCCGGCAACGCCUCGCUCAGGGUGGCCGAGUACCUGGACGGCUCGUUCUGCGCCAAGGGAAACGCCAAAGACAUGGUUCUGUAUCACAUGGCGAGGACGAUCCCUGGGGAGAGGUCUCACAGCGUGGAACCCAACCUCAUCACCCACAUCGGGGCCUACUCCUCGGUCAGGGCAAACCCAUCCCGGCCCAAACUCCUCUGACAGAACUAGGAAAAAGAUCGGAUCUUAUUCCUCCUUUCUUAGUUCUACUCGUCUUUUCUUCCACGUCACCUUCUGGACUCUUCAGACGUUGAUCAGUGAGCCUCUUUCUCUUGACUGCGUCUCUGCGUUAGUGACGUACAGAAGUGGAAAAUGUCGCCCGACUCUGAAGGAGACGUAGAAUGACACGACACUAAAAUGUCAGACAGUUACGUUAACCUAGCAUUCUGCUGCUCACUCUGAAUGUGCCUUCAGUGUUUCUGUAGUUGGGACGAAACCGAUUGUGAAAUUCUGGACCAAUAGAAAUGUUUAAAAAUACUAUAAUGUCACUCAGUGGAGCGUUACUGUGGACGGGGCCCGACAACAACCUGUUACCUUUUGAUUUGGUUACAGAUGAAGUGGCAGUUCCGUUUACUUCCUUUAAUAUUACAUUAUUUACAUUACAUUCUUUUUCCUGACGCUUUUGUCCAAAGUGACCUACAAUCAAUCUACAAUCUACAAUCUACCCACUGAGCUAUACCAGCUGCUUCAAAGCCCUAGUCUGUGAUUUUUGUGAUUUUCGGGCGGCAUCUGGUGGUAAAGUUACAAGCUGCGACCAACUGAGCGACCGACAGGGGACACUUUAUGGUGUCGCACCG